AUUAUUUAUCUUGGUAACAUGGCGUUAUUACGGCAAACAUUCAAGUCCUGUAACUUGACUACAAGAUUUAUUCAUGGAAAUAGAUCGCGUGGUUACGUGACGUCAUCAGACCGACCCCGGAUGCCAGAAUGUGAGUUUGAAUUCGAAGGAUACGAUGGGAAGCAUUAUGACCAAACACGUACAUUGCACGAAGAGAAGCUAUCGCCGUCACUGUCUCCAUAUUACAGCAGACCAUUGCUCGCCACACAGGGCCGAAUGCAAUGGAUUUGGGAUCAGACUGGCAAACGAUAUCUCGAUCUAUUUGCUGGGAUUGUUACGGUCAGCGUAGGUCAUUGCCAUCCCAAGGUGAACGAGGCCGCACAAAAACAAAUGGGAAAGUUAUGGCACACUACCGCCAUCUAUAUGACUCCGCCAAUAUAUGAAUUCACUGAGAAAUUGGUUGCAACUAUGCCUGGAGAUUUGAAGGUCUGUAUUCUUGCCAACAGUGGCUCAGAAGCGAACGACAUGGCUUUGAUGUUGGCGAGGAUUCACACAGGAGCGUUUGAUGCGAUAUCAUUGAGGAACGCGUAUCACGGUGCCGGGCCUUAUACGAUUGGACUGACUGCCCACGGAACAUGGAAGCAUUCAUACGCUAAUGGAUUCGGAAUCCACCAUGCAAUGAACCCCGAUCCAUAUCGUGGGGUCUGGGGAGGGUCGCAUUGCCGGGAUUCCCCGGUUCAGGUGGAUCGAACUUGCAGCUGCGCGGAAGGACACUGUAUGGCAGAGGAUGAAUACAUAGGGCAGCUGGAAGAAGUCUUGAACUAUUCGGUACCUCCGAAGAUUGCUGCAUUUUUUGCUGAAUCGAUUCAAGGAGUUGGCGGUUCCGUUCAGUUUCCAAAGGGGUAUUUGAAACGAGCCUUCGAACUUGUCAGAUCAAGGGGAGGUUUGUGCAUUUCGGACGAAGUUCAAACAGGUUUCGGACGGAUGGGAUCGCAUAUGUGGGGGUUUCAAACUCAUGACGUAAUACCGGAUAUUGUAACAAUGGCAAAAGGAAUCGGAAACGGGUUUCCAAUGGCUGCCCUUGUUACAACUCCCGCAAUAGCGCAAGCAUUGAAAGGAGUUUUACAUUUCAACACUUUUAGCGGGAAUCCUGUCGCGUGUGCUGUCGGCAGCAGUGUAUUGGAUGUAAUGGAAGAAGAAAAAACGCAACAAAGAUGCGCGGAUGUUGGAACUUAUUUCCUAGAAGAGCUCGGAAAAGUUCGAGAUCAAUAUGACGUAGUUGGUGACGUCAGAGGGAAAGGACUAAUGAUGGGAAUUGAACUCGUGGCCAAUAAAGCUACUCGAGAUCCACUAUUGGGUCCAGAUUUUGUCAAAAUAUUCGAUGAAAUCAAGGAUUUAGGGGUUUUAGUUGGGAGAGGCGGUUACUAUGGCAACGUAUUACGCAUCAAACCCCCAAUGUGCAUCACAGUAGAUGACGUCAAUUUUGCGGUUUCAGUUUUCAGGCGAGCCUUCCAAUCUUAUCAAGACAGACAGGCUUGAGUUCUCUGGGGCUUUAUUGUCGUUCCUGGGCCAUAUAAAUUCAUUCGAAACAGACGUUGCAACGCAAAGGGAACUCGCAUCUUCCAAAUUAAACUGAAUGAAGAGUUGGUUUCGCGGACCGCCUAAUUUUCACUUGUGGGCCGCAGUUUGCUCACCCCUUACCCUGGUGCCUAAUUAAAGCAUCGCAGAUUACGCAUCUUGCGUUCAACCCCAAUCGCUCUCACCCAAGGUGAAAUAAGUUGGGCAGCAAAUGCCGAACCCGAAACAUUCAUGUCCCUCCACAUAAUAGUAGCUCCCAUGGAGCAAAAUGCAUAAGGUAGACAACGGAAGAGAAUAACAGAAGUUAAGAACAAUCAAGUUUCGCCAAAUAUUCUCAUUUCACGAUGCCUCCAUGGCCCUUGUCACAUUUUCUGCCAAAAAAUCAUUGUUCACUUCUCACGACACUUUUGCUUUUUUCAAAAUUAUUUUUCUAUUCGUGAUUGUCGGAUAUCAUCUCGUUCUAGUUGAUGUAUAAGUAUGUACGUGAAAUAUAUUUAGAAUCUAGUA